CUCACCACCACCAUCCCUUCCCCACCCACCCACCAGAAAGGAAAAAAAAAACCCAUAUCCUUAGGCCUCCCCACUUCUAUUCUAUUUAUACACUCGUUAGCCUCUAUAUCUUCCCCUCAUUCCUCUAUAAUAAACCCAAUCCUUUCCCUAUUUCUUUUUCUUCUUCUUCUAGCUAGCUAGGAGCUAGCUAAGCCAGUUGAACCAUUAAUAUUUGUUGAGGCGAUUUCAAUCUUACCUUAAACGUAGAACCAAGUACUACAUUAAUCACUCCUAAGUCAGUCCCCUCCCCUCCAAUACAAGAAUAUCCACAAACAAGAAGGAGAUAAUGGCGGCAGCUGCAGUAUCCACCACCACCACCACAGCUUCAUCAAUGCUUCAUCAGUUGGAGUGCAACAUGGACGUGGACAAACUCACUUGUGAAAUCUUCUCCAUCCUCGAAAACAAGUUCCUUUUUGGGUACGACGAUCCCAAGUUCGUUUCCCACCUCCCCAAAAUUAAUACUACUCCUCCUGCUACUGCUGCCCCUGCUGCUGCUGCUUCUCCCCUCAGCACCAAGCACUUCCCAGGCGGCCGCGGCAAAGUCCGAAUCCUCUCCAUUGAUGCUGGUGGCUCCACCGACGGCGUUCUUGCUGCCAAGUCUCUGGCACACUUGGAGGCCACCCUCUGCCGCAAAUCCGGAAACCCAAAUGCCCGCGUUGCUGACUUCUUCGACGUCGCCGCCGGCGCCGGCGCAGGAGGCAUCCUCGCCGCUCUGCUCUUUACCCGGGGGAAGGAUGGAAGGCCCCUGUUCACCGCCGACGAAGCUCUCAAGUUUGUCCUGCACAAUGCGGGGAAAUUCUCCAGUCCGUCGGCACCCGCUGGGAUACUCCGACGGGUAUUCCGGCCGGCGAAGGCAGAGAAGCUGUUUGGCAAGGUGUUCGGGGAGUUGACUUUGAAGGACACGUUAAAAGCGGUGCUGAUCCCCUGCUACGACCUGGGGACGGGUGCACCGUUCCUGUUUUCGCGCGCUGAUGCGUUGGAAAUGGACGGGUGUGACUUCAAGAUGGCGGAAGUUUGUGGGGCCACGACCGCUAGCCGGGCCGUGGGGCUGAGGUCAACGGAUGGGAGAAAGAAGAUGGCGGCCGUUGGUGGUGGGGUGGCCAUGAGCAAUCCAACGGCUGCAGCUAUCACUCACGUGCUGAAUAACAAGCAAGAAUUCCCGUUCUGCAAGGGAGUGGAGGAUUUAAUAGUGGUGUCUUUGGGCAAUGGUGAAAUGGAUUGCGCCGUCGGAAAUCACUGGAAUUCUUCGCCGGCGGAGUAUGUUAGGAUCGCCGGAGACGGGGCUGCCGACAUGGUGGAUCAAGCAGUAUCCAUGGCAUUCGGGCAGUGGCGGGGAAGCAACUACGUGAGGAUUCAGGGAAAUGGAAUUGUGGGCAAGAGAAGCCAUAUUAGUAGCAGUAAAAGGGAUGAUGAUCGAAAGGCUCCGAAGAGGAAGCUGGACAUAAUUGCGGACCAGAUGCUGGAGCAAAAGAAUGUAGAAUCUGUGUUGUUUCAAGGGAAGAAGUUGGUUGAGAGCACAAAUCUGGAGAAGCUGGAAUGGUUUGCCGGGGAGGUACUCAAGGAGCAAGAAUGGAGAAAAACCAGCAGCGUUUUACCACCUGUCAUCUUGAAACAGUCCUCGCCAUCUUCACCGCCUAGAUCAUCUUCUGCCACCACUCUGUCAACCCUCUCUUCCUGUUAAUCAAUCAAUCAAUCCAUUUAAUUAAUCAAUUAAUUAGGACCCAUGUAUGCAUUGCGUAUCAUGUUAACCCCUACUUUACUUACUUUACUAGUCACUACUCACUAGUAGUACAUGUUUCUCACUGAAUUUGUAUGGCGUGUGGAUUCCUAGUUUAGAUGAGUUGAGGACUUCAUUCGAUGUUUUGAGGUCCUAAAGACGAUUUGAGAGACACAGCCCUCUGCAGGCUGCAGUUAACUCAGCGAUGUAUGUGUCUAGACAUCCGAGUUUAUUGGUGCUGAUAUUCUAGCUGAUCAGUGCUUGAGUUGAGAUCUAUUCCAGACUAUGUUUUUCUUUUCUUUUCUUUUGAAUCUGUAUAUCCAGAGAUUGAUUGAAAGAUCGGGGGAUCAACUGUCUUCUUGGCUUGUAAUGUAUAUAUAUUUGCCAUUUCUGCAA